AUGCUCUCGUUAACAUCAACGUUUCCUUCUCAUUUCAACGAUUCAGUGGCGCUGGUCCUGGUCACUCAUGUUGCAGAUGCCAUCACUUUUUGGGCUCAGAAUGUUACUGGGGACAAAGCAACAGAAUCGAUGGAUGCCAUACUCUCAGAAAAAUGCCCCACUGCGACGAGAUUGACGGGAAAGCCGAGUCCACAAAGGUUUUAUGCUGCAUGUUACUCAGAGGACAGAUGCUGGUACAGGUGUAAAGUGCAGCAACAAUUGAACGACAAGUUUCUUGUCUCAUAUGUUGAUUACGGGAAUACAGAGGUUGUAGGCAGAUCUGACCUAGUAGAAUUGCCAGAUGACCUACAGUCAGCUGCACUUGCAAAAAAAUACAAGUUCUGGGGCUUUCAUUUGUCAAGUGAGCAGGAUUCUCCACAUUUCUCACAGGGAAAGUCCUUCCUCCAGAAUCUGAUAUAUGGAAAGAAGUUGCGCAUUAAUAAGAAGUCAGUUUGCUUCGAUGGAACCAUCCUGGUCCAAGUGUUUCAGGGCAAUUUUGAUAUCGGCCAAGAGGUGUUGAAGUUCAAAUUUGCCAAACUGAAUCUACCAGAGAACAGAGAGAGCACCUUUCCUGCUAAGGCCCUCCAUAUGCAGGCUGGACUGUGGCCUUUUAUGGGUCAACAGGGAGAUGGUGACAUCCCAAGCUCUUUAGGAUGUAUGCCCAAGUUGCGUCCAGUUUCCUCCAACCACAAGCCUCAAGUCUUGAUGGAAAAAAGUGCUGGCACGACUGUAAAUGUGCCAGAAGCAGAGGGGAAGCUGAUGAAGGAGAACCAGCCCUGUGAUGCAACUCAUGCAGAGAUGGCUGUCCAGCACCUAUGCGGUCAGGCCAGUGAAUAUAUGCUGACUGAAGCCAAGUCAGAGCUGCAGAGGAUGAGAGAGGAGGUGGAUGAAAAAACAAAGGAGAUAAAGAAGCUUGAGGAGCAGAAGAGAGCAAUCCAGAAACAUGCAGAUGAUCUAGAGCAUCGACUGAAGGAGGCCAGACUGGAGCUGCAGGAAGUGAGUGAGGUAUGUCCGAAAAAAGACAAGAGUGUGGAAGUCCACCUGGACUCAACAGUAGGUGAAAGGUUCUGUCGACUGGUUGAGAAAGUGGAAGCAGUGAAAAAAAAUAGGGAGAGUAAUCUAUGCAGUACUCCUGGGGAUCUCCUAUUGGAAUACAUUACAAUAGUGGUCAACAACCAAAUUCUUAAGCCAUUCACUUCAGAAAAACUUGAGAUGGCAUGGGAGGACUACACACAGGCUUUAAAGAAACUUAGAGAGUGUCAAAAUAAGGGGGAGAUACAGGAUCUGGUGAACAGCAGGAAUCAAUUUCGUAGGGCACUCUUGACUGCCAUAGAUGACUUCCUUCGAGAGGUGGACAAUCUGCCAAUUGGUGAACGGCUGGAGAGUCUCCAGGAUGUUUACUCGAAACUGACGGCAGUACGUGGAUCAGUAUUGACAGAAAAUAUUGAAGAUCAGUCUUUUGAGUACUUCUGUAACUGGAAGACUCAAAAGCAUCAGAACUCCAGAAACAUGCGACAAGCAACAGAUCAGGCACUUUGUGCUCUGAGUGACUGGGCAGCCAACGUAAGCAAGUUUUUCUGCUUGAAAGAGAAGACUGGAGUGUCCCUGGAAGUCAUUGCUGAGGGUGUGGAUGAACUCCUACAGCAGGCUGAAUCCACUGUCUAUGAGGAGCUGAACAUUAAACUCCGUGAGCAAGAUGGUCAGGAUAUGAAGAUAAUGUCGAAUGCAUUUCAUAAAGUGGUGGAGCAUAUCCAAAAGGAGCAGCAGCUGCUGUGUGGCAUCAGAGAGAAAUGUGAAAUCAACAAAAAGUUUAAGCAGGGGAUGGUACAGUGGCAGAACAGCACUCCUAAAAUAAAUGAACUCUUGUACAUAAAGAAACGCAUCAAAAGCCUGCGUUCACAGCUCCGCUGGAAAAUGGUGGAGGCGGGCUGUCUGGAGGAGGCUGAUGAUUUGGAUCUCCCUGAAAUUCUGAAGAAAAAGGAAGAGAUUGCUAAGACAAGGAAAUCGCUCUUUGAGGAAAUUGACAAUGAGAGAGAGGAAUAUGAGAAGCUGUGUGAUCUGGCGAGAGGAAGCUUUCCAGAGCUUGUGCCUCUAUACCCAGAGGCAGAUAUUAACAGUUACCUGAGCUCCGAGGGGCUGUUAAUGAAGAGCUUGGAUCGGGACAUAUUUGAUGCUGAGCCAAUGAAAGAGCUGAGUGGGCGGAGACCUCUGGUGUACACGGAGUUCCAGGGCCAGAAGGUGGUGCUCAAGGGCUACUCUGUGAAUGAGGAGUCAGAAGUGAGGAUGCUGGAGCAGGCAGUACAGUAUCACAGAGCGCAGAGUCAGAAGCCUUCCAUUGUCCUGCCUCUUCUAAGCCUGUUCUUUGGCAAGUCAGAUCCUCUGGCCUACAUCAUGCUGCCGUACAUUUCCAACGGGAGUCUCAUGGCUGUGCAGAGGAUAAGCCCACUCGCACCCUCUGAGACUGGGAGGGUGAUGAGAGGAGCACUUCUAGGGCUGCAGAGUUUGCAUGCGGCCUGCAUCACCCACGCCUCUCUAAACCCCAGCAAUGUGUUUGUUCUCAACCGAGAGCAAGGCAUCAUAGGGGAUUAUGAUUUUACAAAGACACCAGAGCAGAGGGCUUUGGAUAGUGGAAUGGUGGCCGGCUCCAUCUGCCUUGUGGCUCCAGAAUUGAGACAGGGUCAGCCGCCCACCCCAGCUAGUGACAUGUACGCUAUUGGAGGCAUCAUGCUCUGGCUUAGUGCUCCAGAUUUCAGUGGAGUGGUGGAGAAUGAUGGACAAGCCCCAGAGAUUCUGGGAUUGCAGCUGGAUAUCAAACUCCAGACCCUCCUUUCAAAGCUAAUGGUGUACACUGGGAGAUUAUCAGUACAUGAAGCCCUAGAUGAUGCUUAUUUCUUUUCACUUGAAAACUGAAAAUGCAGGUAUCUCAGGGAAAAAAGUUGACUACUUCAUUAAUUAUUUCUAGUUUUGUUCAAGAAAAGGUAUUUCAAAAA